GGGCAGAGUUACGGACCAGAAUCCGGCCAUCAAGAGACAGCGGCACCAUGAUUUCUGUAGCUCUGUUCUACCUCGUAGCUGUGAUUUGUUCUGGAAGACGGACACAUGCGCUUCCUUUGUACCCCGAUACCAGCUUGGAGCCGCAGGCAGAUUUCCUUCAGAAAUUAGUGUCAGAGGUGCAGGAUGGACCCAACACUGCCGCGGCGGAGCAGAGAGAGGUGAAUAAUCUGUAUCCUCUGCUGAUGAAGCACAACAGAGGGAUGGAGUCCUGGAAUACAGGAGCUAAAGAUUCUGAGCAGCAAGAUAAGUUUGCAAACAUGGUGGAGGACCUGAGAGAAGCCGUGUUGAAGAUGGAAGCAGCUGACAGGCUUCGCUCUCAAGGUUUUCUUAGAUCAGAACAGAACUUGCCAAAGGCAAACAAAAGAGCGUGUUUCUGGAAGUACUGCGUCACCAACUAGAGCCCGGCAGCUGCACGACGUUUGGUGUGCUUUUGGCACGUUGGGAAACCCUCCAUCAUUUUACCAUCAAACGGUAUAUUUACCGUUGUACCAGAUCAACAGAUAUAUUUUUGAGGCUGAGAAUAAACUUGCGUAUCAGAAAAAAAAUGUAUGCCUGCUUUUGGUUUUGAUAUUUUGAAGGUAUUUACUAUUUAUUUAUUUGACCUAAGGAAUGGAGUAUUAAAAAAACGAGUCAGCAUACAAAUA